AUGACCUCACUUGCGUCGGGGCUUUUCAAGUCUCUCCCAAAGCCAAAAUACACGGGCGAGGAGGAGGAUUUGCCACAGCAUGCGCAACCUCGAGGUCCGCGUAUCGUGGGCGCUGGUCAGCUGGAUGAAACACAGGUUGUCUUGAGGAAAGUCGGACCUCCCCCCUACGGAAACCGAACAGGAUGGCGACCACGCGCCCCCGAAGAUUUCGGCGACGGCGGCGCGUUCCCCGAGAUUCUUGUUGCACAGUAUCCCCUUGACAUGGGCCGAAAAGGAACGUCAUCCACUUCGAAUGCUCUUGCUGUUCAGGUUGAUGCAGAGGGGAAAGUCAAAUACGAUGCGAUUGCGCGCCGUGGCCAUGGCGACAACCGAAUCGUCCACGCCUCGUUCAAAGAUUUGAUUCCGCUCCGGCAGCGGGUAGAUAUGGGUGAAAUCUCACUUGACCGGCCAUCGGAGGAAGAAGUGGAGGCUCAGAUGGAGAAGACCAAGGCUGCGCUUGCCAGCCUUGUGGAGGGAGCAGUGCAGUCGCAGAAACCAAAGAACGUCCGAGGAGGUCGACGAGCAGAGCCAACAUUUGUGCGAUACACGCCGGCGAAUCAGAUGGGCGAUAAUUCGAAGAAAAAUGAUCGUAUCAUGAAGAUUGUCGAGCGCCAGCAAGAUCCCAUGGAGCCACCAAAGUUCAAGCACAAGAAGAUUCCCCGAGGGCCUCCAUCGCCUCCGCCUCCCGUGAUGCACUCACCACCGCGAAAGCUCACUGCUGAAGAUCAAGAAGCGUGGAAGAUUCCUCCACCGGUAUCAAAUUGGAAGAAUCCCAAGGGUUACACGGUGCCAUUGGAUAAGCGAUUGGCCGCGGACGGCCGAGGAUUACAGGAUGUUGCGAUUAAUGACAAAUUUGCUCAAUUUGCCGAAGCUCUGUUCACGGCCGACCGGCACGCUCGUGAGGAAGUGCAGCUCCGCGCUCAGAUGCAGCAAAAGCUCGCCGAAAAGGAGAAGGCUCAAAAGGAGGAGCAUCUUCGCCAGCUCGCCCAAAAGGCUCGCGAGGCUCGUGCUGGUCUCAGUCGUCGUGACUCUGGGGCCCGUUCUCCAUCUCGCAGUGCCAGCCGCAGUGUUUCACCAUACUCGUCAAGAUCUGGGAGCCCGAGUGACGACGAAGAAGCUCGGGAACGUGAGCGACAGCGACGCGAGCGACGGCAGGAAAAUGAGCGGAAGCUGCGACAGUCUCGCAUGGGCACCGAGCGUCGUAUCCAGGCCAUGGCUCGGGAACAGAACCGUGAUAUCUCAGAGAAAGUGGCUCUGGGCCUGGCCAAGCCCACUCAGAGUUCUGAAUCGAUGUGGGACUCUCGUCUGUUUAACCAGACGAGUGGCAUGAGCACUGGAUUCAAUGAGGAUAACCCAUACGACAAGCCGCUGUUUGCCGCGCAGGACGCCAUUAACAGCAUUUACCGGCCUCGUGCUCAGCUAGACGCCGAUGAUGAUGAGGGCGGUGACGCCGAGAUGGGCAAGAUCCAAAAGUCUAACCGCUUCGAGGUUCUCGGACGCGCGAAGGAAGGGUUCAAGGGUGCCGCGGAUGCCGAGGAGCGCCAAGGGCCCGUUCAAUUUGAAAAGGACACAGCAGAUCCUUUUGGCAUUGACAGCAUGAUUGCCGACGUGACCUCGGGCCAAAAGCGCUACGGCAUUCAGGAGGCCGAGAGUCAGGAUCGCGGCUCUAAGCGGGCUCGCGUUGAAGAGGACUGA